AUGAUUUGUUUUUAUCUUACUCUCUCUAUUGAUUCAGAAUCGUAUACCACAUCAUCAAACUCCCAGCCACUCUCACCAGCACCAACCCAAUUUAUUCCUGUCAUCAUCAUCUGCUGCUUGAUUCUUUUUUUACAUUUUUCAUAUUUUCUUUUAUUCAUUUUUUUCAUCCAUUCAAUAUUUUCAUCUUCUCAUUCAUCUUCUUUUCAUAUUUUAUUCUUUUCUUUAUCUUUUAUCCUUUUUUAUCUUUUCAUUUAUUCUUUUUCAUUUUUCAUUCUUUUUCAUCUUUUCAUUCAUACUUUUUUCAUCUUUUCAUUUUUGCUUUUUCAUCUUUUCAAUUAUUCUUUUUCAUCUUUUCAUUCAUUCUUUUUCAUCUUUUCAUUAUUUUCAUCUUUUCAUUUAUUCUUUUUCCAUCUUUUCAUUCAUUCUUUUUCAUUUUUUUCAUUUAUUCUUUUUCAUCUUUUUAUUCUUUUUCAUCUUUUCAUUCAUUCUUUUUCAUCUCUUUUAUUUAUUCUGUUUCAUCUUUUCAUUGUUUUUCAUCUUUUUCAUUUAUUCUUUUUCCAUCUUUUCAUUUGCUCUUUUUCAUUUAUUCUUUUUCAUCUUUUUAUUCUUUUUCAUCUUUUCAUUCAUUCUUUUUCAUCUCUUUUAUUUAUUCUUUUUCAUCUUUUCAUUCAUUCUUUUUCAUCUUUUCAUUCAUUCUUUUUCAUCUUUUCAUUCAUUCUUUUUCAUCUUUUCAUCCAUUCUUUUUAA